AUGUCCUCAAACGUCGGCCUCUCGACCCCCCGCGGAAGCGGAACAUCGGGGUACGUGCAACGCAACUUCGCAUUCAUGAAGCCGCGCACGGCGGGCUACGGGGCGCCGUAUCCGCCUGUCUCAUCGGGCGCGAAUGCCACGGACCCCGGACGGCCUUUUAAGCAGAGGAUGCCGGAUCGGCAGAUCUUGGAGCAUGAUCGGAGGAGGGCGGUUGAGGUUAAGGUGAUGGAGGAGAGGGAGAGGUUGGAGGAGGUGAAUGAGCGGUUGGAGGAGGAGAUGGAGGGGAAGGAGGAUGGCGAUGAGGGUGUCGACAAAAAGGGGGAGGAGGAGGGAAAGGAGAAGGAGAGGAUCCUAACGGACGAAGAAAUCGACGAGCGAUGCGAGGCUUUGCGCGAGAAACUACUGAAAGAGCUCGAGGCGGACGAGGCGCGGGAACAACAGCGCGGGCAGCAGCAGCCGGCGUCGAGGAAAGGGUGGGGACGCGAUUUGCCGCCGAAGGAGAGGCGCCAGUUCAAGUCUUAUCAGGUGCAUGAGCAGGCGGAGGCGAAGAUUGAAGAGAGCGAGCGGUUGCGCAGGGCGUUGGGGAUUAGGGAGGAUCGGGAGACGGGGGAGUUGUCGAGUGGGUUCCGGAGACGGGAUUCGGAGGGGAGGAAGAGGGAGGGAGAUCGUGAGAGGUAUUGA